CCAAAGAUGAGGGAAUGAGGGAUACUAACAUUGUUCUCACCCACCAGAAAAUGGCAGUGUCUAUAUCCAGAAAAAGAUCAAAAUCAUCUAGAAAACCAGAGGCUAAACAAUCUUACUUUUGCCUUACCAUCGUAUACAACUUUCUUAGUAGAAUUUCUGCUUUAGUCUUCCUAAUAAUCCUUAUCUACAUGUGGUCCUCCUUCUCCACCUUAAUAACAGGAAACAUCAUUCAUGUUUGCUUUUCCACAAGGAAGGUCAACAGCCUCUAUUGUCUAUCUGCAGGCACUCACCCCUCCUUGGAAAUUCCAACCUCCACAACAAACAAUAGUAGUUCUAUUAUUACUCCUGGAAUUGAUCAGGGUAAUGCAACUAAUGAACCUGCUAAGUUUCCAGAUAUCUCAUAUCUGGUUACUACUAGUAGUAGAGUAGAUAUCAAAGAUAGAGAUGACAAAGUUGCAAAUGCUGUUAAGGUCGUUGAGGAACAAUUGCAGCUCCAUCGAUCCUGGAGGUCAAAGUCAAGCAAAAACCAAGCAACUUGUGAUGCUCAAGGAAUAUAUGUAUAUGAUUUGCCAUCCAAGUUUAACAAGGACUUGGUGGGUCAAUGUCGCGACAUGGUUCCGUGGCAGAACUUCUGCGGCUAUUUAAGUAACGAGGGGUUGGGCGAGCCUAUAGCCAAGCUUGGCAAAGGGUGGUAUAAGACUCAUCAAUACUCACUAGAACUCAUAUUUCAUUCAAGGGUCAUGAAGCAUCCAUGCAGGGUCUAUGAUGAAAAUGUUGCAAAGCUCUUCUAUGUUCCAUUCUAUGGUGGUUUGGAUAUCUUGCGAUGGCAUUUCAAGAAUGUAUCGAAUGAUGUGAAAGACAGCUUGUCUCUGGAAUUGGUUAAGUGGCUUGAGAGACAAGGAACAUGGAAAAGGAAUUCGGGUAAGGAUCAUGUGUUUGUGUUGGGUAAGAUUUCGUGGGAUUUUAGGAGAAGCAGUGACUCUCCUUGGGGUACUAGAUUGUUAGAGAUUGACAAAAUGCAAAACCCCAUUAAGCUCUUGAUCGAACGACAACCGUGGCAUGAGAAUGACAUUGGAAUCCCUCAUCCAACUAAUUUCCACCCUCACUCAGACAAUGAUAUAAUCUCAUGGCAACUGAAAAUCAUUAGAUCAAACCGCAAAAACCUCGUCAGUUUUGCUGGAGCAGCAAGGGAUGAUGCAGAGGACAACAUAAGGUCAACAUUGAUUGACCAAUGCGCUUCAUUAGGUAAUGGUAAGUGCCAUUUUCUGAAUUGUAGUUCUGUUAAGUGUGAUGAGGCUGAGUCAGUUAUAGAACUUUUUGUGGAGUCUGAGUUCUGUCUGCAGCCUCCAGGGGAUAGUCCAACAAGAAAAUCGGUUUUCGAUUCACUCAUAUCGGGUUGCAUUCCGGUUCUUUUCGAUCCUUUCACGGCUUAUUACCAAUACCCCUGGCACUUGCCUCAUGAUCAUGAUAAAUAUUCUGUGUUUAUGGACAAAAAAGAGGUGGUACAAAUGAAUGUGAAUGUUGUGGAGAGGCUAACCAACAUUUCUUCUAGAGAGAGGGAAAACAUGAGAAGGUAUAUUACAUAUGAACUGUUGCCUGGAUUGGUGUAUGGGGAUUACAACGCUGAGCUUGACAAGUUUCAGGAUGCAUUUGCCAUUACAAUGAAUAAUCUGUUUGAGAGGGUUAACAGGUUAGAUGAAGCACACAAGGAUUGACUCUGUUCUUCUGUUUAUUUGUUUGAUACUUUCAAAAAUGCUAUGUAAUGUUUAGAUUUUAUUUUAUUUUUUGCGCUUGAUGCUCUGUUCCCAAUUACUCACUAACAAUACUUGUAAUAAUAAUAUAAAGUGCAACAAUGUUAAUUUUUUUUCCUUGUUUUUUUUAGGAAACUUAAUUGAUUGAAUUUACCUAAAUUAUACUCGCUCAA